UCAACAAAAGACAUCUGUGUUGCGAUUCAUAAAAAUACAACAAAAAUGUUUUGAUUUAUUUCCCUGUGAUCGAAUUGUUUUAUCUCUGGACGUUCAUACUACAUAUAUUUUGAGACAACAUUAGAACGUAAAGUUUAAAAAUGUGGAUUCCACCUCGUGAAUGUGCAAUGCCUUUUGCAUUAUGGGCCACCGAAAGUACAUUGACUACAUCCAACUACUUCUUGCUGCAGCAUCGCAAAGGUCAUGGAGGCCUACGGGGAUUUUCCUCAAUGCUGGUCGGGACGUUGGAUAAUGUGCUUGAUACGAAACCGUCGCCCUACCGGAUUUUGCAUGUGCAACCGACGGCAGGUCUUUACUAUGAAAUUGCAUCCGACAUCACAUUAGAAGCGAUACUCAAAGACUGGGAGUGGUUGUCCAAGCAUCUGUUCCGAGUGAUCAAUGAAAUGGAAACGGAAGAAGAAAUCACUAACUUCACUAUUUGUAAAAUACAAUCAUUGCUCGCUCACAGUACUCGGCCAGCCGAGGAAAUGACCGAUCCAUCGAAUUUUCAAAUCAUGGCCAACAAGUUUCGUGAUAAAUUCAAAAUGCCCGAAGACGAGAAGUUAGUCAGCUAUUAUUCGUGCAGCUAUUUCAAAAAAGUCCCACGACAGGGACAGAUGUACCUCUCGUUAAAUCACCUGUGCUUCUAUUCCUAUAUUUUUGGUGCAGAAAGCAAACUACGAUUUCGUUAUACCGAGCUCUCAGAUAUCAGAAAGUCCGGUAAUAUGAUAACAAUCAAAACCACGGGAAAUAAGGAGUACACAUUUGCUUUUCUGUACUCGCCGAGCGAGCCACACAAUCUGAUAGAACAAAUGAGCAAACUAACGAUGCAAAAGCUGAUUCAGGAUCCGGAAAGACCUAUUGUCAAUCACGAUCCGCUUGUUGGUCGGAAAAUGGAGAAAAAUGUGAGUCAAAAAACGGUGCUUUUACGAGAUUUGACAACCCGACAGCUAUCGGAUGAGUACAGAACACAUUUCCGGUUACCUCUGACGGAAAUUUUAGAUGGUAGAAUUACCGCUUCGCUGUGGACGUCAUACUCUAAGAAACAUGUGAAUGGAAUGAUCUAUCUGUCGCAGAAUUAUCUCUGCUUCAAAAGUGAUGUGUAUGGACUAGUUGGACUUGUCAUUCCGCUGAACAAGAUUACGACUGUCGAGAAGAAGGAAGAUCUCCACGAUCGGUUCAGUAAUCGUAUUAUUGUUACUACUUCUGAUGCAAAUAUAUUUUUAUUUUCACAUAUACUUGAUCGUGAUUUUCUAAUAAGACGGAUCUCCGAUCUACUUUCCAAAACUACAACGCCAAGUAAACACACAGAUGACAUCGAUUGGACAAAGCAGGAGCCGUUGAUGCACCUAUUCAAAGAUCCUGACAAUAAGGCGUUUGACGAACUGCAAGCUGAGAAGCUUAAAAAGUGGGACGAUCACUUCUCUAUCUACGGCAGAGGAAUCUCCAUGUUUCGCACAACGGAUACGAUCAAUCUGGUAACUGAUGGAAUUCCGGACCAGCUGCGGCGUGAGGUUUGGAUGGUUUACUCGGGUGCGAUACACAUGAAACUGAUGAACCCCAAUCUGUACAAGGAGUUGGUUCAGCGAGCUAAAGAUCAGCCGCAAACCUCCACUUUCGAGGAAAUCGAGCGAGAUUUGCAUCGUUCGCUUCCGGAACAUCCGGCAUUUCAGACCAACAUCGGAAUUAUGGCACUACGCCGGGUACUGCAAGCGUACGCUCUGCGGAAUCCCGAAAUCGGUUACUGUCAGGCGAUGAACAUCGUAACAUCGGUCUUUCUCAUAUACUGCGACGAAGAGGAUUCGUUUUGGAUACUGAGCUGCCUGUGUGAAUCCUUGCUACCGGAUUACUACAACGAUAAGGUGGUCGGGGCGCAAAUCGAUCAGGGUUCGCUGGAUGAACUGAUCACCAGUCAUUUGCCAAGCUUGCACAUGAAAUUGGGUGACCUGGGAAUGAUUCGGAUGAUCUCUCUGUCGUGGUUUCUGACUAUUUUUCUUAGUGUCAUGCCGUACGAGAGCGCCCUGCACAUAAUCGACUGCUUUCUUUGCGAUGGAGCAAAAGUGAUAUUCAUUAUAGCUUUAAAAAUUCUUGAAUGGAAUCAGGAAAAACUUUUAAAUUGUGACGACGAUGGAGAAGCAAUGCAAUUGCUCUCCAACUAUCUAAUGGGAAUCUUUAACGACGAGGUGCAACAAAUAAAAAAUAUGGAUAAGGAACGAAAUCAGCUGAGGAGCCAAUCGGUACAAACACUGAUAUAUGAAGCAUACACUAAGUUUGGCAAAGCAAUCACAUCACAAAAAAUUGAGGAACUUAGAAACAAACAUCGUCGCUUGACUGUGCAUCAGCUGGAGAAAGAUCUGGAAAAUAGUUUUGUAAAAAACUAUAAAGAGAACGGCUAUUUCGAUGCAGAGGAAUUACAAAUGCUGCUCGGCUAUACAAAGGAUGAAAAGUUGAACUUGAAAAACUGUAGUCGUCAGACCUCGGUCAAUGUCGAACCGGUUUACGAUGCGGCGUUGCUGAACGAUGCAAAGAAACGGUUCCGGGACAAUCGCUACGACUGUUUUCGGGUAGAUUUCGAAACGUUUCGCAAGUUGUUCGUAGAUCUCACACCCUGGGGUCAUGUUCAAAGUAUCGAUAUUGCAGAAAAACUGUUUCGGCUAAUGGACAAGCAAGUAUGCGGUUUUUUGGAGUUCAAACAAUUGAUAUUUGCUCUGGGGAUCAUUUGCUCAAAACGUGCCACGGAAAAGUUAAAACUGUUGUACAUAUUACACUUGCCCCCGCUGUUGUCCACACAUGAGAUUGAACAUAGUAGUCGCACAGAGUCUAGGGAUUCCGACACCGAAGUGGCAACGGAAGCGGAAAGUUUUUUUAGCGACAAUCCAAUCGAAACCAUCAAAUCACUGCCCUCGCCAAUUGACAUUAGCCUGGAGGCAUCCAAUGAGGAAAACCUUUCGCUGUCGCACUUCAAUGCCACUCCAAAUCUGUCGAUCGAUGAGUCAUCCACGAACGCCGAAACGUCAUCGAUUUUCUAUGUUGAAAUGCCUCUGACAUCGACAACCACUGGCGAAACCGGCCUGGAUCGGGUUUCGGCGGGUAAUGCCAAUCACGAUGUCGAGUCGUACGGUUCCCGAUCGGAUAUAAGCGAUUUGGGUUUCAAGAAAAUUAACUACGAUGAUGGUAGCAGCAGUACAACUACCAAUGGACGGCGACCCACUGGAACCGAAUCAAGAAGCAUCAGUAGUUUGAGGGUUUUUCUCGAUGAACCAGAUUCGAAUUUCACCAACAAAACCAUUCCUAACAUGGGGCAGAAAAACUUCAUCGUACUCUGGACAACACUAUUGGAAAUUUUGAACAAAGGCCGGAAGGUUGCAAAUGAAGAAGUGCAAAAAGCUUACAAUACGCUGAUUUCAUUGGGAGAAGAAGCGGUUUUCAAUAAGAGUGGAGAUAGCUUGGAAAGCUACACUCAGUUCGCGCUUCCGUCUUCAAGUGAGACGGACCCCAACGGAAAUCCGUCGGGAAUAAGUGCGGAUAGCUUUGCAGGUACAUUGCAGGCCCAUCAUUCCAACGAAGAUCAGUCCCGAUCGAGUGUCGCGUGGGAAAUUACACUGAAUCAGUUUAUUGCUACGACUAUUUCGGUAUGUUCCAUAGACGAUCACUUCUCGCAGUCAUCAUCCAUCAAGGCACGAGUGGAAAUGAUGCAGAAAAAUCGCAGAAAGUGCAAAAGUUAAUAAUUCAAAACAGAAUGUAAAACCGCUGUCAACAGAAAACCUAAAUUCCUCGAAUGUUUCCUCUAUAGUAAGUUGCUACAUUAGGAAAAAUCACUGUUGCUAUAUCUUUGUGCGAAACGUGUUUCGUGAAGGUGAAUUGAAGGUAAACAUUGCAAUUCGUACUAUCUGCAAAUGGUAUCCAUCCUCUUGUUUCGUCUGUACUGAAAGAAGUAAAAAAAACAAAGACAAUUUUACAAUUAAAAGAGAAAAAUCCAAGGAUAACCCCCAUGGGCACGUAGGAGACAUUUGAAAUGUAUAUCUUGAAUUGUACAAAAUUAACUAAGCACGAUUAAACAGCUUCAUCGAGGAAAUCUACUCCAUGUCAUUUGGCAUAACAAAUAUUUAGUCCAUAUAUUGCACCUUUUUAAUUGAACAAAUAAUGCAUUAUAAACUAUUAUCAUACGACACAAUGUUGUUAUAAGUUAUCUUUGAGAUGAUUAUUGCAAAUAUAGU